UUCACGCUCUUGGCCUGCGCACCUGCAAUUAUUCCACUCACCUGCUGCGCAGGUGGCGGCUCUGUGUUUCUUGUCGCUGGAUCGUGGCUCUCGUGUUUCUGUGGAUGUCUUACUUGUGUUCUCUUCCCGUGAGAGACCCUACUGGACGCUUGCCUAUUUUCUCUUGACUUUGUCGUGAGUUUGGAUAUUCGUAUGUGGACGUCGUGUAUCGUACAAAAGAGGACGCGUGAGGGACUGGCGAUUGAGAAGAGGAGUUUUGGACGUGUUAAUUUUUCCCUAGAUUUCCGGCAGCACUAAUUGCCCUGCACUGUUGUUUAUAGCGCCUGGUGUCACUGUAAAUAAACUCUCUUUAAUUGAAACCUUUCAGAGUUCUGCGCUUGAGUCCGCUCGUUCACGUUGACAGGAUCAGAAAUUACAAUUUAUCUUUCACUUUCUAUUCAUGGUCAUGGAUGAUUUUGUGCGAAACAAACUGACUGACUGGAAACUAAGUGACUGGAUUGAGGCAUUUGAAGCUCAAGAAAUUGAUGAGGAAAGUCUGUAUCAUCUCGAUGAUCAGGAAAUUGAUCAAUUGAUCACAAAAGCUGGACCUAGAGUAAAAUUCAAGGAUAAACUAAAGCUGUUAAAGGAAGAGAAAAAUACAACUCAACCACAAAAAGAAGCGGUCAAUACUUCUGGUCAACUUUACCUGCUCUGCAAACAAGAGCCUAAAGAAACAGCUGAUUUGGAUCAGCUAAGGAUUAUUGAAUUUCAGGAUUUGCCAUCCAUAAGUGAAAGAGUUGAUCAAAAGUUUAGAGCCACACCUUCCAAAAAAACAGUCCAAACUGUCAGUUCUGUGGCGUUCAGAGAGACGAGGCCUUUGAAGACAUUUCUUGUUUUUGAAGCCCUUCAGUCUCAGAUGUCGUCUGAUGGUUAUGGGGCUGCAGUCGGCACCAGUAACAGUUAUAAUUUGGGUCGAGGAUCAUCCAGUGUCUUGGCGGAUAACCAAUUGGAUCCCCCAGGAAAGAGAAAGUCAGAUCAUCUUCAGAGUGAGUCCAGAAAAUGGCAACCACCUCUUAAAAAACAAUACAAUUGUGCAGCAGGAUCACAGUCAGAAACAGAAAUACUGUCUGAUGUCAAAAACAUAAUGAGAUGUGUCAGUGAAGGACUACAUGGCCGUGACAAGCUCAGCGCUUUCCUAAAGGAUAAAAUCAAGAAUUUGGAGACAGAAAAGAGGCACCUGGUUGGUGUCUUUGGUAAAACUGGGGCUGGAAAGAGCUCUUUAAUCAAUGCCAUCAUAAAUAAGGAGGGCCUGUUGCCUUCAGGAAGUGUCAGUGCAUGUACCUCAGUGAUGAUAAAGGUGGAGGCAACCAAUGGAUCAAAGUAUGAGGCACACAUCGAGUUCAUUACAAAAGAGGAUUGGGAAGAUGAGGUGCAGUCACUAAAACAGGCUCUUGAAGACAAUGACGACGACGAUGAUGAUGAUGGUGGUGAUGAUGAUUCACUUGAUCCUGAUGGAAAGUUAUCAGCGCUGUAUGGAGAAGAGUGGAAAGAAAGAUCCACUCACAGCCUCAUGGACAACAAAUAUUUCAUAGAUAUUCCAGAGUUUCGAACAUCCAAGAUAAAAAUUUUGAAAAGUGACUCAGCUGAAAGGUUGUCUGAAAAAUUUGUGAAAUAUACAAGAAGUGAGUCAAAUGAGAGCGAAGAAGUAAAGAGGUGGUACUGGCCGCUUGUGAAGUGUGUGACUGUCAAAGUGCCAGACAGUGAUUUUCUUGAUCACGUCACACUCGUGGACCUUCCUGGAAAUGGUGACACUAACAGAAGCAGAGAUCAAAUGUGGAAAGAGUUUAUUGCCAGUUGUUCUACAGUGUGGAUUGUGACUGAAAUGAAUCGAGCAGCAUCAGAAAGAGAAGCCUGGGAGAUCCUGGAAGAUGCCAGUAGCCUGCUGGGAAAUGGUGGCGAGUGUCAGCAAAUUCAUUUUAUCUGCACCAAGUCAGAUAAUCAAAAACCAGAUGAUCUAAACAAAGUCAAGAAUGCAGUGAUGAAGGAAUUCAAAAAGCGGAAAACGAUUACGAAUCACUUCAGUGAGGAUUGUUUCCAAGUCUUCACAGUGAGCUCCACAGAAUUCCUCAAAGGGGAGAAUGUAAAUCCAGAUGUCAAUGAAAUACUGAAACUCAAGGAAAUUUUGAAAAAUCUGAAUGAUGCUCAUUCAGAGACCUCAAACUAUGUGUCUGGAGCUUAUGGGAUUCUGUCUUUGAUUCAAGGGGCCAGAAGUGGAGAAGUGGUUGAACAAAAAAACGAUGUGUGUGCAGUCCUUGAGCAAAACUUGAGCAUCCAACUUAAUCGAGUCAAAAAAGCAAUUGAAGACAUUAUAAAAGUUUUUGAACAAUGCCUACGGGAGGGGGUUGAAAAAUCCAAAAAAUCAUGUGAAAAAAAACUGAAGUCCUUCUUACAUCCCAGUAAAAAAACAAACAGAGCUUUUCACAUGACACUAAAGUCUGCAGUUAGGAAUGAUGGCAUCCAGAAACCAAAGAAAGGAAAACCUAAAAACCUCAACAUGAUAUUAGCGUCUUAUUUGACUGAAAGCAUUGAUGAAAAAUUCAGAGAUACCUUCCCAAACAACAUAAAAUGUGGACAUUUCAAUGGAGCCAUUGAUGCGUUUUCACUCAGCACUGAUUCAUUGAUUGAAAAGUACAAAGAUGUCGAACUGCAACUGACAUUUCUCCAGACAGAGGGGAAAAAAAUGAAGACAAAGCUCAACAAAACAAUCCUCACACGAAAGAAAUUAAUCUACAACAGUCUGACAGAGACAAUCAAGGACAACAUGAAAGAAUGCUAUAAAGAAGCAGCAACAUUUACAGGAAAAGGCACCCUGAAGAACAUGAGGGACACUAUUGAGAGACAUGUGCACUCAAAGAUGGACAUGUUUGAGGAGGCAAAAAAUGUCAUGUUGGAGCAAUUGAACGAUUUGAAGGAAACUGUCCUGAGGACACUGGAGAAAACCAUGAAGGAAUCCAUUGAACACUCACUUAAGCCGGAGGCCUGCUCACUGCCAGAUGUUUCGGAACAUCUUGAGGUGGUGAAAAAACAUGAUGAUGAACUUAAUGGCACUCAAGAUGAAAAAAAAUAACCACACUGGAAACAGCUGAGGCCUGAUGACCCACUGGACAUCCCUGAAAAACACUGAUGGAGACACGAGGUCUUUAGAUACUGUCACAAUAAUUUUUGUUUUGCUCUCUUUUAAUGUUGUGUUGAUGUGUACUUUUGACUUUUAAUAAAUUAUUAUACAAAAAGCAUCUUGAAUAUUAUAGAUAUCAAUUAAAACUGCUAAUAUUAAGGUAUUAAUCAGGAGGGUCCAAAUCAUGAUUUGAUUUCUUCCUUUUUUAAAAAAUUUGUAGUUCAUUUUUAAUCACUUAUAGCAGAGCGUGAAGAUAUGUAAUGCAUUUCCCCAUUUAAACCUGAGAUUUAUGGUUUUAAUUGUAAGAGCCUGAGAUUACGGUUUCCAAAAGCAUUUUGAUUUUGUUGCUUGUUUUAAAAUAUCAUAAUUUAAUGUUUUAAGUUGAUGUGUAUACUGUGGGUUCAUUGUGAUGGGAGCAUUUAUUCUAAUGUAUGUGCUUAUUAGUUAAACAUUAAGCCUUAUCCAGCACUGAAAUGAUAUUUAACACUUUAACUUCAUAGUUCUAAUGGCAAAUACUUGUUUGUUGCAGUUAUAACAUGUGUGUACAUGACAAAUAGUGAGAAAUAGGUGUAAGUAAAGUUGUAGGAAAUCAGCAACUACUUCAGUCAUCUUCCUGCCAUUUUGCUUUUUCUGGGCUCAGAAUUACUGGUGAAUAUAUUACAGUUUGGGUUUCAGUUCAGGGUUUUGAAUUUCUUUUUAAUUAUUUUAAGUGUUUAACAUUUUAAUUAUUUCUGCACAUAUUGUUGAAUUCUUGUUUUGAUUUUUGUCUUCAUUACUUAUCUCGUGUUUCCUCUCCCGACAAUGAUUUCUUUUUUUUCCUCCUGAAACGGUUCACUCACGUUUAGCAUUUACUUUCAUGUUUCCUGUAACCUUAUUUCAGUAAUGUCAUUAUAAAAGCUGACCGAUUUUUAAAAAUGCUCAGGAAAAGGUACUUCAGUGCUUCCUUUAUUACCUCUUUUAGCACAAAGGAUUAAGAUGCACUGAACCCUCCUUUGUGAAGUAAAGAUCUCAUAAUUUAUAGUGACAGAUCAUGCAGUUGUUGAAGAAAAAGGAUAACAAAACUAGGCUUGUGGCUUAGAGCUUUUAAAUGUUAAUCAUAAGUGUUCUUUUCAAAUUUUUUGGGGGGGAUACCGAACUGUUAAAUCCACAGAUGAGUUUUGAUAGUUAUACCACUGUAAUAAAGUCGGCUUCUUCUCAAAAUUUUUUAUAAACUCUCUUGACAAUUUAUCAAUUAUUAAAGCUGACUGGUGGUCACUGUCA